GGAAGAUGUCUAAAGGGGGCGAUGGUGCCUCCAUGUCUCAGAUCCGGUUACACAUAGAUGCUUAGCGACAGUCUCCGGCACCAACGUCGCCGCUCUUAUAACUGCCCGUUUGAGGGGCGUGGUAUUGACUUUGCCCCCACACACUUACGACACAUCGCUCGACGGCAUGAGUACCACCUUGUCGGUGCUGCUAUCCAUCUUCCUGCUCUACUGCGCCAAGAAAUAUAUCGAUUUCCGUGCACUUGUCAAAUCCAUACAUGACCAUCCCGGAUACCGCACGCUCCUCCCAACACGGGGCCUCCUCGCGUUUAUAUCCACGAAGCCGAUACGCGGAAUAACCAGAGGUGGGUCGAAUGGCUGGAAGAGGAAGUACCAAGACUUCGAAGACUAUGGCACGGAUAUAGUCAGCUCGAUCUCUGUCCUCCCAAAGGCACAUAACAUAUUUCUGGUUGCUGAUGCCGCAGCAAUCAAGGAGAUUACAUUGUCUCGUGCCCAGUUCCCAAAGCCAGUGAAACAGUACGCGGUGCUGACCUUCUUUGGCAAAAAUAUUGUUGCUUCGGAAGGGGAAGAUUGGAAGCGUUACAGGAAGAUUGCUGCACCUGCAUUCUCCGAACGCAACAACAGGCUGGUCUGGGAGGAGACUGUCAAGAUCAUGGCUGACCUAUUCGAGAAUGUCUGGGGAGAACAGAAGGCCAUCACAGUAGACCAUGCGGUGGACAUUACUCUGCCGAUUGCGCUUUUGGUCAUCGGUGUCGCUGGCUUCGGCAGACGGAUGACCUGGCAGGAAGACUCCAAACUUCUCCCAGACGUCUUUGUCAAGCUCGUCACUCCUGACUGGCUCCUGAAGCUGGGCGUGACGGAGCGCAUGAAGCGGGCCAACUUGGCCUUCCAGGAGCUCGAGGCAUGUCGAUAUAUGCUAGAAAUGAUUCAUGCCCGGCGAUACGCCGAGAAGAAAGAGGAGCGAUAUGACCUGUUCAGCGGAUUGCUGGACGCCAGCGAAGAGGAGUCCGAUGGUCAGGCGAAGCUUACGGAUCGGGAACUCCUUGGUAAUAUUUUUAUAUUCCUGCUGGCUGGUCACGAAACCACUGCGCAUACAUUGUGCUUCACGUUUGGGCUGCUUGCGUUGUAUCCCGAGCAACAAGAGAAGCUUUAUCAACACAUCAAGGGCGUCAUUCCCGAUGACAGACUACCGACCUAUCAAGAGAUGAACUCGCUGAGCGAGUCAGUCGCUGUAUUCUAUGAGACACUCCGGUUGUUCCCACCUGUGAUCAAUAUCCCUAAGUAUGCCGCAGAAGAUGCCACGCUCGUCACUACCGACAGCAGCGGUAACAAGGUCGUCGUCCCGGUCCCCCAGGGUAGCGACGUCGGCCUGAGCGUCCUCGGUUUACACUACAACCCCCGCUACUGGCAAGACCCGUAUGCGUUCAAGCCGGAGCGGUUCCAGGGCGACUGGCCGCGCGACGCGUUUCUACCCUUCAGCUCCGGCGCGCGGUCGUGCCUCGGACGCCGAUUCUUCGAGACCGAGGGCAUCGCGAUCUUGACCAUGCUUGUCUCGCGGUACACUGUCGAGAUUAAGCCGGAGCCGGAGUUCGCGGGGGAGUCGUUCGAGGAACGCAAGGAGCGUAUCCUCCGUGUAAAAAGGGGCCUGACAUUAAUGCCCGUCCGGAUGCCUCUGGUGUUCAAGAGGCGGUAG